AUUCCCAGGGGAGCGCCGUCGCCAACCCUAGCCCUACCAUGGCGUCUCUGCUGCGCUCGCCGGCUACCCGCCGUGCUCUCUCGGCCACCUCAUCGGGAGCUUCCUUCCACCGUGCUCCCUCAGCGUCACCUCCCGUGUUUGGAGGAGCCACUGUCCCCCGCGACCUGGCGAUCUCCACCGUGCUGCGCCGCCACCUCUCCGGAUCUCCUCCUGCCGGCGGCAAGCCCCCUAACUCUAGUUUCAAUCAGUUGGAUGCACUUUGUGGGGUGGUUCGAGCAACAGAGGUUUCCUCACUGAGUAAUGAUAUCCUUGCACGCAUCGUUGAAAGCUCCACAAAUGCUCGUUAUGAGUUUGCCCAGAAGGAACUGCAGAGGAAAUGGAUGAUAUGUGCUGCUGCAGCAGGUGGUUUCUCUGUUGGAUGCUUGAUGAGUACAAGGAAGAAAAAAGCUCUGGAACGGAACUGAUGAGAACCUCCCAGUAUAAAUAUGAUGUGAUAAGGUUCAGGCCCUGGGAUAUGUAGCUUAUUUAGUUAAGAAACUUGUCUUUAUGUACUCGGUUUUCCAAAGGACGAAUCUGUUUGGUCUGAGACCAAAAUCUACCAGUCCAUGUGAUUAACAAAAACCUGUCGUCUCUACCAGUCCAGAGGAAAGAAAAACAAAAAAAACUAGAGCCGCCCCGAACCCUAGGCCUACCAUGUCGUCUCUGCUGCGCUCGCCGGCCACCUGCCGCGCUCUCUCGGCGGUCUCAACGAGAGGA